CGCGACGGCAGCCCCGGAGCGAGACCCGGACCCGGGCGCCCGGCGACCCGGCACCGUGCUGAUGGGGUCUCUGCACGAGGCGGUGCGGCAGGCGCUGAUCGGGGCCGGGGUCUCUGUGCGAGCGACGGGCGUCACGCCCAGGGGGGUGGGGUGGGACUUCUACGACAAGUGGCUCUUCCGGGUGGAGGACCUGGCCGGGGCCGGUGGCGGCGGCGGUGGGGAGCUACCGGCGGGGAUGCGUUGGGACGCCAUCCGAGACAGUGGGGAUGCGGCGCUUGUUAGGGCGCGGACGGCGAUACCCAGGAAGGAGGCUACGCUGCUGCUUCUGCCGAACACGGCGAUACGGCUUGAUGACGGAACCCCAAUCGCCUGGGCGUUCUUGGGCUUGGACGGAUCGCUGACAAGUCUCCAUUGCGAGGAACCAUAUCGUGGCCGCGGAUUGGCAAAAGCACUCGCCGCUCGGCUGAUGCGGGAUCACCUAGGAGAUUUUGGGGAUGAUGGAUGGUGUUCUGCCGAUGUCUCGAUUCGAAAUCCUCAAAGUCAGGGAGUGUGUAGGAGUCUCCACGGCAAACGCGCUUGGAAGGUAUCAUGGUUUUGGGUCGACCUUGCGAGCGUGGGAGACCCUCUAUAAGCGGCCUCAUCCUACAGAUCCCCGGCUCAGCACCCAUCCUAAACACGUUGCUGCACAGGUUAGACAGUAAGGCGAUGGACUUCUUGGAAGAAGAAUUUCAAAUCGUCUGGGUUGACGAAUGGUGUUAUCCCUGGGUGUAUCAGUCAGCUCGAGGUCAUAGACAUGUCAACUCUGAAGCUUACCAUGUCCGAGAUUAACGAUCCAGCCUCUCCUCCGUUCCGCCCACCCGAAACCAUCUACCAUCUUCUUGACGACCUCCGUUAUGGAUGCAUGCGACCCGUACAAGACCCCUGGGUCUGCAUUGCCUUGAAUCACGAUCGG